AUGUCGAUCGGGUGUCCGCAUUGCGUUCGCAUUGAUAUGGUGAUCCUGGGGGAGCCUGAGACCACCAGGUCACCUAAGGAGGGGUGCACCGGCCAGGUGGAGACGGAGCAGGUCAAAGCCCCCGUGUCGCUCAGUAGUGGGAUCGCACCUGUGGCAGGAACUCUGUGGAGGUAUUUCAUCUCCAAAGGCAUUGAGUAUCUGGACACUGUGUUUUUCAUCCUGAGGAAAAAAUUUAACCAGGUCACCUUCCUGCACGUCUACCAUCAUUGCUCCAUGUUCACGCUCUGGUGGAUUGGCAUCAAGUGGGUGGCAGGAGGACAGUCAUUCUUUGGUGCACAUAUGAAUGCGAUGAUCCAUGUCCUGAUGUACCUGUAUUACAGUCUUGCCUCCUGUGGACCUAAGAUCCAAAAGUACCUGUGGUGGAAGAAGUAUCUGACAAUUAUCCAGAUGAUUCAGUUCCAUGUCACCAUCGGUCACACGGCCUUGUCUCUCUAUCUCUAAAGACAGAGCACAUAUCUGAACCACUGGAACACAGAGGUAAUAAAGCCACAUCUUUACCAUGAAGCUACCUUUGGCUCUGGUGUUUGCACUCACCCUCCCCAUCAUCAGGGCUCAGGUUC